CCAGUCUUGUGAUGACACUACUUCCUGAAUGGGGUAAAUAAAAACUAGUUGCAUUAAGUUGUCCGCGGUGCAGCGGAACGAGACCGGACUGGUUUAAUAGUUGCCAGCUCCACCCUGUGUAUCCUGACAUUAUGACAUCUUUACCGGUUUUCCUCUUUAUCGGCAUUUUCGUGUCUCAAACUGGGGCUCGCUACACUGCCAACUGGACCAGCCUGGACGCCAGACCCCUGCCUUCAUGGUACGACGAAGCCAAGCUGGGCAUUUUCAUCCACUGGGGGGUGUUUUCCGUCCCGGGGUUCGAUAGUGAGUGGUUCUGGUGGCACUGGCAGGGCCAACAGCCUCCGGACCCGAAGUGUGUGAGUUUCAUGUCCAAAAACUACCCACCUGGGUUCAGCUACCCGGAGUUUGCGCCUGAGUUUCACGCGCAGUUCUUCAACCCGGAAGAGUGGGCGGACAUAUUCAAGGCUUCUGGUGCAAGGUAUGUGGUCCUGACCGCUAAACACCAUGAAGGAUUCACUAACUGGGGGUCCCCCCACUCGUGGAAUUGGAACUCUGUUGAUACUGGUCCUCACAGGGACCUGGUGGGAGACCUGGGACAGGCAGUGCGCAACAGGUCCCUGCACUAUGGACUCUAUAACUCCUUGUAUGAGUGGUUCAAUCCUCUCUACCUGAAUGACAAGAAGAACGGCUUCAAAACACAGGAGUUUGUGUUGCAUAAACUGCUCCCAGAGCUUUAUAAUAUGGUUGUAAGGUACAGACCUGAAGUGAUCUGGUCUGAUGGAGACUGGGAAGCACCUGACACAUACUGGAACUCCACCGAGUUCCUGGCCUGGCUCUACAAUGACAGCCCUGUUAAAGAUACUGUUGUGACCAAUGACAGAUGGGGAGCAGGCUGUGCUUGUAAACACGGUGGCUACUACAACUGUGAUGACAAAUACACUCCAGGCCAGCUGCCCAAGCACAAGUGGGAGAAGUGCACAUCCGUGGACACUUUUUCCUGGGGUUAUCGUCGAAACAUGAGGCUCAAUGAACUGAUGGAUUUACCCACAAUCAUAGCAGACCUGGUUCGCACCAUAGCUAUGGGAGGUAACUACCUCCUGAACGUGGGCCCCACUCCAGACGGGAUGAUCCCCGCUGUGUUUGAGGAGAGGCUGAGGGGCGUUGGUGCUUGGAUGCAAAUCAACGGGGAGGCCAUCUACGCCUCUAAACCGUGGAGGGUCCAGUUCGAGAACACUACUAUACCAGUCUGGUACACAUCUAAAGGUAGCAGUGUCUAUGCCAUUGUGACGACCAAACCCUCUAAGUCUACAGUGCAGCUGUUGGAGCCCAAAACAUCAGUGACCACCCAGGUGACUCUGCUGGGGAAUGCGAAGCCCUUGUCUUGGUCUCCCCUCGGCCCUGGCGGUGGCCUCACUAUCCUGCUUCCUGAACUGCCCUUUGUCCCAGGUCAGGCUUGGACUCUCAAACUGGAUGGUAUCAAGUAAAGUCCUAGAGAAUUUAACUUUAGAUGUUGAUUGUCAAGAUUGGAAAAAGUCUUCAGUGUGAUUGCCAAAUGACUGAGGAAUGUGUCCACAUCGAUGUUAAAGGAAUUUUCAACACUCCGCUUCAAUGAUUCCACCUUUAUCUCUGACUAAGAAAUGUGCUCUUUUUUAUGAUUUGAAGCUUGAAAAUGGAGUUUUAUUUUUUUACUCAAUGCUCUCAAAAUGAAAACAUAAAAUAAAAUCAUUUGACUUGA